ACCUUGACACCGCUCAGUCAGUACUCGGUUUCCCUUUUCGCAGUGCCACAGGCUCCAAACUGAAAACACUUCAGUCCUCCUCAAAACGGACCUCCACAUUUUACACGUAUGACUUCACGGCUGUGAAAAUAAACUCCGGCUCGUGCUCAGUUGAGUUUAUCUGCGUGUCAGGCUCCGUACAACUCCUCCAUGUCCCACUGUGGUAGACUCACAGCCCCAGCGGCUCCCCGGCAGGCCUCUCUGUUCACCGUGUGAGCAUCAGUCCUCACGCCGCGGUUGGGUGGGUCCAGCUCGGCCACAGAGGCAGCAUGGGCCCGGUGCAUCGCUAGCCUCCGCUCUGAAAGCUAUCACACCGGUGGGAAACAGUUUUAGCUUGGAUGUCACUGCUACCGGAGUUUGUCUGUCAGAAUGAACGGCACUCAGCAGAGUGAUACAAAGAGACAGAACCUCCUGGAGAGGCUGCUGGAUGCUGUCAAACAGUGCCAAAUCCGCUUUGGAGGAAGAAAGGAGAUUGCCACGGACUCAGACAGCAGGGUGAUCUGUCUGUGUGCCCAGUUUGAAGCGGUGCUGCAACAUGGUCUGAGGAAGAGCCGAGGUCUGGCUCUCACCGCUGCUGCUCUCAAGCAGGCUGCAGGCUUCAGCUCCAAAACUGAAGCAGAGCUGACUUUCUGGUUCUACGUGAAGGAACAUCUGAACCGCCAUGAGCUCCAGCGGUUCUACUCUCUACGUCACAUCUCCUCAGAGCUGGGCCGAGGUCGUGCCUGGCUGCGCUGCGCCCUCAACGAGCACUCACUGGAGCGCUAUCUGCACACACUGCUGGCUGACCGCCCACGCCUGGGAACCUACUAUGAAGAGUGGGCUUUUAUUCUUGAUGAAGAGAGAGCAAGUAUGCUCCCCACCAUGGCUGCAGGUCUGAACUCCAUCCUGUUUGCCAUCAACAUCGACAACACUGACCUGAACGGCGGGGUGAUGCAAAGAGGAGGCUCCUCUGUGUCCCACCUCCUUAAGGAGUCAACGCAGGGCAUCGGCAGCCUGUGGAAAGAGUCGACUCAGGGGGUCAGCAGCCUGCUGCGAGAGAUCAGCACUGCCACGGCUGUGGUGCCCGGGUUUACUCCUAGAGUGGACGGAGCCUCAGACCCGCUACCUGUCCUGCCACGUAGCAGCUCUGCUGACUCAGGGCUGAGGAAAGAGCGCCGGAGGAAAAAGAAAAUCACCAACAUCAUUUCCUUUGAUGACGAUUUGGACGGAGGUGCGGAGGAUGAGGAGGAGGGAGAGGACGACUCCCAGAAGAUAGGCGCAAUGAGGAAGAGCCACACUGCUCCUGCUCAGAGCAGCGUAGAGGAAGGCAUAGAUCCUUUGGAGCCGGCCUUCUCCGAGUCGCCUGCCCAGAAUGGCCUGGCUGAGCCGGGCAUAGUCAGCUGGGUGGGGUCCCCCCAUCCUUCUCGCACUCCACCAACUACUACACCUCCUCUGCCUGACAGUAAGAGUAUAGACAACGAGGAGGAGGAAGAAGAGGAGGAGAUGUACAAACCCAGAGCACAAACCCAGGAGGAGGAGAGGGGCAGCGCUGAUCAGGUGGUGGUCGGCAGCCUGUCCAGUGUGUCCACGUGGAGCCCUCUACAGGUGAUGACCGACCACAGCAGCUCGGACAUCCUCAUUCCUGUGAACCCUGCAGACUCGCAGCCAGUGAGCUCUGUGGAAGACACGGCUGCAUUUCCUGCUCAGUGCGAGUCAACAGGCCCGGCGGGAAACUGUGAGAGCAGCAGAUCGCCUUUAACAUUUAAUAUGGAGUCCAGUCCACCGACGCAGUCUGCUCCACUCUCCAGUGUGCUGCCAACAUCUGGUCUGCCAGAGUCCAUGACAGUGGUGGAGCUGCGUCAGGCCAUUGUAGCCAUGAUGAACAGGAAGGACGAACUGGAGGAACAGAACACGUCUCUUCGCAGUCUGCUGGAUGGGGAGAUGGAGCACUCAGCAGGCCUGAGGCAGGAAACUGAUCUGCUCAAGAGGAAGCUGGCAGAGCUGGAGGAGAGACACACAGCCAAGGUCCAGGCACUGGCCAGGGAGAAUGAGGUCCUGAAGGUCCAGUUGAAGAAGUAUGUGGGGGCGGUGCAGAUGCUGAAGAGAGAGGGGAGCCAGGGCAAUGAUGCCCUGUCAGUGUUGCGGUCAAGUGAAGAGCAGGCCCCUGUCCCACAGAAUAAGUUCAUGGGUGACAUCGAGGAGCUGGCUGCCAGCUAUGAACGCAAACUCAUAGAGGUGGCCGAGAUGCACGGUGAAUUGAUAGAGUUUAAUGAGCGCCUGUAUCGUUCCCUCAUGGCCAAAGACCACCUCAUUGUCCAGAUGAGACAGGAGCUCAUUGACCUGAGAGGCCCGGUUCCAGGUGAUUUAAGCCAGACGUCGGAUGACCCCAGCCUGUCAGAUUUUGAGACGGCUCAUCGCGCUCUCAUCAAUGUGUGGAUCCCCUCUGUGUUCCUGCAGGGCAGAGCUGCCAAUGCCUACCAUGUCUACCAGGUGUACAUCCGUAUCCUGGACAAUGAGUGGAAUGUGUACAGGCGCUACACCGAGUUCAGGGAGCUCCACAACCACCUGAGGACCCAGUUUCCACAGGUGGACGCCUUCAACUUUCCACCUAAGAAAGCCAUAGGGAACAAGGAUGCCAAGUUUGUGGAGGAGAGGAGGAAGCAGCUGCAGGGCUACCUUCGCAUGGUGAUGAACAAACUGAUCCAGACACUGCCGGAGUUCGCAGCCCGCCCCACCAAAGAGACCCUGCUGUCUCUGCUGCCUUUCUGUCUAGACACUCCCCAGGCCAAUGACAGCGGAGCCAAGACGCCCCGGUCCAAAACUUCAUCCCGCUUCCCCAGACUGGGCCGCAGCCGCAACCAGGAAGCCAGACCUGAACCUCAGAGCGGCGACCUUUAACCCCCCAGAGCCUAUAAACUAAUACUCUCGCUGUAUAGGCUGAAGACAACCAUGUUCCCGUGUCCACCCUGGACUGUGACACACGGGCUCACACUGUGUGAGGACAUAAAGGGCGUCAAACGGACCUUCAAAGCCUUACAGAUAAAAGGCCUCAGUUGAGGAGGGGAGAUGGAUGCGUUCACGUAGCAGGCCUCUCUAGGAGAUAUGUAAAUGUUGCUGUGCAUCGCCUGGCUGAGAGAAGGAUAAAUGACUCCCCCAAGGCUGCCUAUCGAUGGACCCAAUCAUACAGCACCUCUUACCUCACUGAGAGACAAAAAGACUCUCUGUAAACUGCACAUGAACUCGCCAGGACUGCUCUCUCUAAUCUCAAACACAGUGAGAUGAUGGAGAUUUUUUUUUUUCUUACUCUGCUCAGUUUUGUAGUGAAAGUGUAUCAUGGUCACAGUGCCUACAGUGUUUUGUAGCUGCUUUCCUGCUCUGGGUGAAGAGGGGGUAUAUUAAAGUAAUAUCUUGGGGGAUGAAGGUUGUUUUUCAGCUAAUGUGUCAGCAUUAUGGUGCCAUUAUAUUUAAGACGACGAUGAUUCACUAUCUCUGGCAACGGGCAUUCCUUUUUCCUACUUCUGUUAUUUUAUUAUGGCUAUUACAGAUAAUCUGCAGAAAGUGUUACAUAUCUCAGUGUCACCAGGGAUGCAGUAAUUAUCAAAGACAUCUUUGGGUUCCACAUAAUGAUCAUAUUAAAGGAUUAGAGUUAAGCACCACUGAUGAACCAAAAUCUCUUUGGGACUGCACAAAAAUCAUUGGAGUGAGGAAGGAGGUUUGAAUCUUGUAUUUUACUUUUUGAAAAAGCAAGACGACCCCCCCCCCCCCAGCAUUUUUAGUACUUUCUUUGUACCCCUGCUAUUGGCUUGGAAAAAAAAACUGCAAUUGCAUCAACCUUACUAACUAAAAGAAGCAAAGUAUAGAGAUGCUAACUUGGAAUUGCUUUUGUUACUGAUAGCCGACCCUCUUUAACUGAUCAUUAACCGUUUUCAACUAUUGGAAGUGGAUAAAAUCGUAUGUCACUCUUUCUGUUUAUCAUGACACUACUGCAGGAGUGCGAGCUCCACAUAGGGGAUACUGAAAGUCCACCGGCCCCGCACACACAGUGACAGAGCUAACUGUUAGCAUCACAUGGCUAAUGUUACCUGACAGAUUUAACGACAGAGUCAAGGCCGUUUUGGUGUCAGUGUGAGUUUGUUGGGACUGUUUAACAGCUUGGUUUCGGAUGUUAGCUGUGUUAGAUAAUGCUAACCUGGCAGACGUUGAACUGACCGUUCUGUGUAACAGAAAGUUUGCUGAAAGUGUAAGGACUUUCUUCUUCUUUUCUACCACAGAAAAGAUUAGUACCCAAUAAAGGUCUCUUAUACUGUAUAGGUGUCCAUGUCUGCCACUUGGUCAUUGGCUUGUUAAAGGGUGCUGUGGUCGUCAUUGAACUACUCUGGCCUGGGCAGCGGCAGACUUUGAUGUCUUGUUAUCAUCCCCGGUAGCACUAGUCUUAUAUUUUUAACUGUUUAACCGAAAGUGUUAAGGGGUCGAAAUUCAUUUUUCGGUAAAGGGUUAAACAGUUAAUUAUUAACAUCCCUAACUUAAACCUUGAAAGGGUUGAAAAAAAUAGUUAUAUAUUAAUAGAAUAAUAAUAGUCACAAUAGCCACUAAUGCAUACAUAAGAAGUCCCAGCCACAGCCUAAAAGAUGCUAAAUAAAAGGCUAAACUUGAAUUAUAUUGUAGGCCAAUAUAAUUUGACACUGCAGAUUAAAUCAAUGGCGGACAAUGGCAGUUGGUAGAGAUAACAUUUAAUCACCAAUAUCAAUAAAAAUCCACAAGUAUUUGUGUUUUUAUUUAUUCAUUUAUUAUCUGUAACCCCUUACCUGUUUUAAGUCGCGAGGGGACUGGAGUCCUAAAUCUUAAAAAUAAGUGACAAGAACAUUGUUGUCUUUUGCAUAUGGGGAAGCACACAUUUAUAACCCACUUUGUAAACUAAAGCCAUCACUUUUUUUGACCUCUCCUCACUCCCUAAUAAUUUUUGGACGGUCCCUUAAUGUGAAAGUUCAUAAAUAAGCAUCAAUUCUUGCAGUCGUAUUCAAAAAGUAUUCCUUUCCACAUGUCUAGGAUCAAUUUCGAACACCUGCUGUGAUGUGUAUGAUAAAUUUGUGUCGUAAAUAUUUGUCAGCAGAAAUUAAGGGAAACACUGUGUUACCAUUUUAAUGGAUGGGUAAGCUGUGUUUCAGUUGGUUUCCCUUUAACCCCAUUACACCUAUACGCUACAACUGAGGGUCUUCAUCAAAGAAAAGGCUAUACUGAAAAAUUUGAUUGUUUAACUAAUGUGUCUUAGCAGGAUUUAAUGCAGCGUUAUGUUGCAAAUGAAUGUUUUAACGAGGACUAAACACUUGAAGAAAAGCUGCUUGUUAGAGUGCAAGGAAAGGGCUGCCAAGCAUCAAGUGUGUGUAAAACAGAAGCUCAUGCAUAUGUAUGGCUUUACCCAAGAGUAGUCAGAGACUAUGUUCAAACGAGGAGUGAUUGUGUUAGAAGGGUGUCGGAAAACUUGAAUCAAAGGGUCGGCUCGCAGAAUGGUAAACAGUGUUCGCCGUCUGUGAGGGGAGGUGAACAAACAGGGCUUGUGGGUUUUAAUUAAGUUGUUAUUCUCACACAAAAGUGACCCGCACAAGUAUCCAUCAACUGGUAAACACUGCACAGCGUUGUUAAGAAAUUCUCGCAGGGAUGCCGUCAAAUAAAGAUUUUUAUCCGGCUUCCCUGGGACCUUUUACUGAGAGAUUCUGUCUGUGGUCAACAUGUGGUGAGCUGGCCAAUAAAACAGCAUCUUGGGAAAGAAAAUAAGAUAUACUAUCAAAACUUUUUAAAUUAUAUUACACACAGACACUCUUGUUUCUUAAUCUGACAAAUGGCACCGCUGUUGCUUCAAUCAACAACAUGUAUUGUAACUUAAAUAUGAAUUUCUGUCACUUUUUAUUAAAGACUAUUACCAGCUCUGAUACAGUAAA